GAAGUGGAGACAGCAUGGAGAAUAACCACACCUUCCUGUACUUUGCAUAUGGCAGCAACCUGCUGAAGGAGCGACUCCAGCUCAAAAACCCCUCUGCAACAGUACAUUGUGUGGCAAUGCUCAAAGACUAUAAAUUGGUGUUUGGGAACCAUAAAGGCCUUGCCAGUGUCAGGUGGCAUGGAGGUGUGGCCACCAUAGAGCACAGCCCUGGGGACGAGGUAUGGGGUGUGGUGUGGAGGAUGAACAUGUCUGAUCUGGAGUCUCUAGACAGUCAAGAGAAUGUGAUAUUAGGUGCGUACAGUCCUGUGGAGUUAUCAGUCAAGACAAAAGGCCAGGAGCUUAACUGUCGGACCUACAUAAUGAACAGCUGCGUGUAUGCCCCACCAUCACCACAAUACCUACAGGUGAUUGUGAUGGGAGCAGAGCAGAACGGCUUGCCAAAGGACUAUCAGGAGAAGCUGAGAUCAAUCCAGACCAACAUGUAUGAGGGUCCUCUACCCAUGAUGGCUGAACUGCAGCGAGCCAGAAGAAGAGCCAAAGAGAGGGCCAACCACCGUUCUGAUGCUUGAUAACCCAGCAGAAUCCAGGUCCACUUUUUAUUGUAGGAAAGUCCUUGUAACACAGUAUUAAAUCCAAUAUGGUAGCUAAAUAAGUUAACCUUAGCUAACUGUUUCAUGGCUAACUUAGAAUACAGCACUGAUGGGUCUGUGGUCUAA